UUUUUUUUUCGUCUUUGGUUUUGGUUUUUCUUCUCGAUGUUAGAGAUGGUAGCUGGUGAAGUUCUGUGAUGAAGUUGUUGAUGUUGCCAAACCUGGUAGGAAAAAAGCCGCACCACGGAACACUCGCAGCCGCAGAGUCUCUCGCAAGCAUCCCCGGUUCUGGUCCCAAGGGACGACUGGAGAGGGCUUCCGAGACUGGCUUCAUGCACUCGCUCGCGCAGACAUGCUUACACAGAGUUUCCGAUAGAGGCACAGAGUGACCGAUAUUGAAGAGAUAUACUCGAGGUUGUGUGUCGUGGUUUGGUGUGGUUUUUUUAUGUCGUGUAUGCCGUGCGACUGAUGUUGUGUGGUGUGUGGUGGAUGUGGAUAUGAGGGCCAGCGCAUUGGAAACUACUAGAGGUGGAGAGGUCUGAGAGAGAUAUAUCCUGCGAGGCAGAGUGGGGAGGGUUUGGUGGAAGUGGAGAAGGAGACGAAGAUAAGAGAGAGCGGGUACAAAGGGGAAGGGAGGGAGGAGGGCAGAGGUGUUGAAGGCGGUUUGAAGGAGUGAGGAAAGAUAUGAUCGGGAGAAGAGAGAGAAUACAGAGGCUGGUGGUGUGCAUGGGUGAAGGAUGCCAGAGCUGCGUAGUGGAGCGCGCCAACCCCGCUCUCCACCCUUGGUGCCGGCAGUAGCUCCGCCCGCCGCAUGCCCAGAGUCGUUGCCGGAAAGGCGAACGACUCCUCGUAGACGUGUAGGAGUUGCUGGUGGAGGUACUGGUGGUGUUCCGGUUGGUGUAGGAGGCACUGCGGCAGAGGAGGCUGCGGCGCAGUUAGGACAUCGAGUUAGGACGAGGGCUGCUGUUGCGAAGGAGGCAGCGGUUGUGACGACUAGGGUUGCCGGCCGCGGAAAAGGUGCUGGUGCGGGCACUGGACGGGUUGCGAAGCAGCCAAGGAAUACUAAACCUGCAGCCCUACCGAAGGGUGCCACUCCGCCCAAAGGGAAAGUCGCUGGGCGGGGCAAGCAAGUGCCUUCUAGAUCUCAGUCUCCAGAACAGGAACCGUUGCAAGAUCCCUGCACUUCGGAGGACAACGUUGAGGCGGAUUUAGAUCUAGGGGAAGAGAAGCAAGAAGAGGCAGCCGAGGAAAUUAGGGAGAUGGAGGAGGAAAGCGCUGGACGCAGUGCCGAGAAGGUUGCCGGAGCGGGAGAUGACGAUGGCAGUGCUGCACCUCUUCCAGAGAGGGUUCAAGUUGGCGGCUCACCAGUGUACAAGAUAGAGAGGAAACUCGGAAAAGGAGGCUUUGGACAAGUCUAUGUUGGUCGUCGGCUAAGCGGUGGGACAGAGCGUACUGGUCCACAGGCUGUUGAGGUUGCGUUGAAGUUCGAGCAUCGGAGUAGUAAGGGCUGCAAUUAUGGUCCUCCUUAUGAGUGGCAGGUUUACACUACUCUUGGUGGCAGUCAUGGUGUUCCUCGCGUACAUUACAAAGGUCGACAAGGCGACUACUACGUCAUGGUCAUGGAUAUGCUUGGGCCAAGUCUCUGGGAUGUCUGGAACUCUUCAGGUCAAGCGAUGUCAACUGAAAUGGUGGCCUGUAUAGCCGUGGAGUCUAUCUCAAUCCUUGAGAAAAUGCACUGUAGAGGGUAUGUACAUGGAGACGUGAAGCCCGAGAACUUCCUCCUGGGACAACCUAAUACACCUGACGAGAAGAAGCUUUUUCUUGUAGAUCUCGGGCUUGCUACUCGAUGGAGGGAUGGUACAACCGGUCAGCAUGUAGAAUAUGACCAAAGGCCUGAUGUGUUCCGUGGAACUGUUCGCUAUGCAAGUGUGCAUGCACAUUUGGGAAGGACUGGGAGUAGGAGGGACGACUUGGAAUCACUGGCUUACACUUUGGUAUUCCUUCUGCGGGGUCGUCUUCCUUGGCAAGGUUAUCAGGGCGACAACAAAGGUUUUCUGGUGUGUAAGAAGAAAAUGGCAACUUCUCCCGAAAUGCUGUGCUGUUUCUGCCCGGUUCCGUUUAAACAGUUUUUGGAGAUGGUCGUAAACAUGAAGUUCGAUGAAGAGCCAAAUUACGGCAAGCUUGUUCUACUCUUCGAUUCUAUCUUAGGUCCUAAUCCUGCUGUGCGACCCAUAAACACAGACGGUGCUCAAAAGUGUUCCAUACAGGUUGGUCAGAAGAGAGGGCGAAUUAGUGUUGAAGAAGAUGAGGAUGACCAACCUAAGAAAAAGAUCCGGUUAGGAAUGCCUGCAACUCAAUGGAUUACCGUUUACAACGCUCGGCGACCAAUGAAGCAGAGGUAUCACUACAAUGUAGCUGAUUCUCGGCUUACGCAGCAUGUGGAAAAGGGUAAUGAAGACGGUCUGUAUAUAAGCAGUGUGGCUUCUUGUACAAAUCUGUGGGCUCUUAUUAUGGAUGCGGGGACAGGAUUUACUGCUCAAGUUUAUGAGCUGUCACAUGUAUUCCUCCACAAGGAGUGGAUCAUGGAACAGUGGGAAAAGAAUUUCUAUAUCAGUGCCAUCGCUGGUGCAAAUAACGGAAGCUCCUUGGUCGUCAUGUCUAAAGGAACAUCAUAUACACAGCAGUCAUACAAAGUGAGUGACUCUUUUCCAUUUAAGUGGAUCAAUAAGAAAUGGCGAGAAGGCUUCUACGUUACAUCUAUGGCCACAGCGGGAAGCCGAUGGGGUGUAGUUAUGUCGCGAAACGCAGGUUUCUCUGAUCAGGUCGUUGAGCUUGAUUUCUUGUAUCCCAGUGAAGGUAUUCAUAGACGAUGGGACAGUGGAUACCGCAUAACCUCUACUGCUGCGACUUGGGAUCAGGCAGCCUUUGUUUUGAGUGUACCUCGGAGGAAGCCAGCUGAUGAAACUCAGGAGACGUUGCGGACAUCUGCUUUUCCAAGCACACAUGUGAAGGAAAAGUGGUCUAAGAAUCUUUACAUUGCAGCAGUUAGUUACGGGCGGACUGUUUCAUAACCUCUUUCGCCGAAGCCAAGUUGCUUUAAUGGCUUGUCGCCAGGGGCUUUGCGAGAAAGCGUAAUUGACUUCUAGAAUUCUCUGGCUCUCGUGCCUAAUUGGCUCGUCUUGUCGCAUUUGUUUGAGUGGAAAGUAUUACGAACCAAGAGCUGAGCCUUCGCCCCUUGUGAGUUGGGGAAUGCAUAUAGGGAGGAACAUAGGUGCUCUAAGUUAUCCAGAUUGUUUGUUGGAAGGCCUAUACUGUCUUGCUGGCGAUGAGGUAGGGAUAGUGUGAUGGCACUCCUUUGGGUAAGGUCGAUGCUCCAGGAAAUGUAGUGCUUGCCUGAAGGAGGAUUCGUUGUUACUAAGACGAAGGAAGUUCCACUCAGGUUUGAUGUGAUUAUUUUACAUUUUCCUGGCUGCGUUGAGCUGACCUAAUGCGCCUACUCCGUUGGCCAUCAAACUUUUGCAGGGAUGUAGUAAUGGGAAGAUAAGAUUCUGUAUUUUGCGCUCAGUUUUUUGUUGGGUAUAAUAUAGGCGAAACUGUUCAAUAUCCCUGGGGAAACCUUCCGGGGACAAGUCCCUGGACCAAGUCUAUGUUCAGAACUCCCUCGAGCGUUUAUCAUUUUACAAGCCACGUUGCCGAUAUGACUUUUUCCAGAGUCAAUAUGUGUUGCCUGAAACGCCUCUGUGCACGCUUAGGUUUUUAGUUUGGCUAAAUCUUCACGCUAAACCUUGGUUACAGGUCCAUUAGACUUAUUAGUUUUAUAACUGCGCGAAUGGGCAAUCAUGCAUUGCUGUGCCCAUAAAUAUGACGUAGUCUGAUUUCAGUCCAAUAAUAGGUUAUUUAACUACACAUUUUUGUUCAAAAAUAUCUAUGCCUAAACUUUUGGCUUUCUUGCGACGUUUUUCAUUUC